UUUUUUUUCUAUCGAAUCUUGGAGUUCCCGAGCCCUUUGUCUCUUCUCACGAUCUCACUUUCAUCUCUGCAAUGGCCGUCAAUGCCUGCGAGGAGAAUUCACAAAUCAAAAUUUGUCUUUGAUUUGUGAGAAGAUGGGGCGGUUCUUGGGAUUCUCAGCUAAUUGCCUUUUUAUUCCAUUUAGACGGUGGCAGGAACAAGAUGUCUAUUGUGUUUCAGUCUUGCCUGAUCAAAGUGCCGUUAAUCUUCCAUGUGAAUCACAGUUGGCUUUAUCAAGCUUCUUAGAAGUUCCCAUUCCUUUGAGUAGUCAGACGUGCUUGGAUGCCCAAUUGAAUUGCCAGAACUGCAUCAGUUUACAGAUGGAAAGUGCAGAUCCUUUUUCCUCGUGCAUUGUGGCUGUAGAUAUUGAGGCAGGAAAUUUAGAAAAACCUAAGGCCAGUGAUGAAACUCCUGGGAAUUCAAAUUUCGAGGAUGCAUUUAAUCAGCUGCAUAGGGCAGUCCGGAGACAUAUUAGCCUACAAAUAGGUGGGAAAGUGAUGCAGCUUUUAAUAAGCCACGGCCUAAUGGUUCUCAAAUUCAUGUCUAGAGAUAAACCUGUGACUGAGACUGUCCAUGAGACACCUAAUAACAAAUGGAGAAAGUAUAAGCGUACUGCCUCGUUUGAUUCAAGAAAAAUUGUUCUGCUGUUCUCAGCCCUGUCCAGCAUGGGAACGAUGGUUUUGAUAUAUCUGACACUGAGGGUGAGGCAAACUGGUGAUGGGUUACAUGGGUAGCUUUUCUUCUUAUCUGCCCUUCUGAGUUUGAGGCCUUGAUGCUGUUUGAGACAUGCGUUUGUAGAGUUCUUUCUUUUUUCUUUUAAUCGUUUCUCGGAAGAUUAGUUUUUCUUUGGGGCGUCUUUUUUUGUAUAUAAAUUGUGGUUUUUUGUUUGCGUCGUAAUUCCAGUGGAUUCUUUAGGUACUUUGCUUUGGCCAUCCAAAGCUUACUUUAAGUGAGUUGAUUUUCUUA